AUGGGCGACCUGGAGAAGAACACUUAUCCAACCAAUGAGAAUGACACCACGGCCUCCCCUGACACGGGUAUCGCUGACAUGGGGGAGUUCCAUCCUCCGCCAAGGGGAUAUCGCAUUGCGGGACUGGUGACGCUUCCCGCAUAUCGUUCACCCAUUGCACAGUGCUUGAUCAUUGCUUGUGUGCAUCUUCUCGUGGUUGGCAUGUUCAACGUUCUCUCUGCCCUUGGAGGUGGUGGCCAAGUCAAUCCCACGACCAGCAACAACGCCAAUACAAUUCUUUACAGUCUAUUCUGUGCCUUCUCCCUUGUUUCGGGCUCGGUGUGCAACUUCCUGGGCCCCAAAAUCACCCUUGCGACAGGGGGCAUUGGAUUUUCGUUGCUAUCGGCUUCGUACUGGAGUUACAACCACAACGGAAAUGAGGCCUUUGUAUACUUUGGAGGGGCAAUUUGCGGGAUUGCUGCUGCGUUCCUUUGGACCGCCGAGGGAUCGAUGAUCAUGUCUCUUCCUCUCGAGAAAGACAAGGGGAAAUACGUGGGCAUCUUCUAUGGCCUAUCGUUUUUCGGUACAGUGAUCGGCGCUAUCAUUCCCACGGUGGAAAACUGGGGGGUAACGACGGCUGGAAGUGUCAACGAUAGUACCUACAUUGCGCUGUUUAUCUUGAUGAUCAUGGGCAGCGUUGUCGCCUGCAGCGUCUCCAAUCCGUCCAAGGUGAUCCGCUCAGAUGGCUCACGCGUGGUCGUGCCACGUCAGACGACGUUCGUACAGGAGCUGAAGAACGUGGCUCUGGCUGUCAGGCGAGAGCCAUGGAUCAUCCUAUUCUUUCCUUACAGUUUCGCUGGAUUGUGGUAUAUCCCCUACCAGAGCAAUGACUUCAAUGGCUAUUUCUUCGACCUACGGACCCGUGCCUUUGGCAGUCUUUGGUUUGAUUUUGGCCAAUUUGCAAUGGCAGUCAUCUCGGGACUGUUGUUGGAUUUCAAGCGACUCGGUGGUCGACGUCGACGUGCCUUUAUUGGCUGGGUUUUUCUUUUUCUACUGAUCAACGCAGUCUUUAUCGGAGGCGUCUUCCCAGCCCGCCGCUCCCAACGUGGCCACCCACUUUCGCAUCCUCUGGAUGUGGAAGAUGCCCAAGCUGCGGGCUAUAUUGCCCUGUACACCUUCUACGGUGCGGUAGAUGGGGCCUGGCAGACAUUUGCGUGGUGGAUCAUGGGGACUCUAUCGAAUGACCCCCUGGUGCUGUCCAUCUACUCAGCAUUCUAUAAAGUUUUCGGCGCCAUGGGCGCUGCUAUCGUCUUUAACCUGGACGUCAGAGAAACUAGCUAUCAGGCCAUGUUUGGCAGCUACUGGGGAUUGCUCUCAGGCUCCCUAGUCUUGGUGUUGGCAUUGAUCUACAAACGUGUCGAGGACACUCUGUCACUGGAGAGAGGGGGGUCUGCCGAGGUGGAAAUGAAAGAAGUCAACCUGGAUACUGAUUAG